CGCGUUAAGUUGCGCUGACCGCAAGACAAGACUUACCAACGAGUCGCCUUGGCCCUGAUAAAUCCGUCUUCCUCUGCAAAUAGCCCCUUCCUGUCCAUCCUGUCCCGCGCUUUGUUUUGCUGGAGUCGUACCAAUUGCACUCUCCUCACUGGAUCUCCUCCGAAGCAGUUCGAUCCCCUCCUUCAGAAACACAACCUUCUGAGACGUCGUUUCUUACCCAAGAACCACCACCAUGUCGCCCUCGCGGACUCUGCCAACAUUCCUGCAGGCCGAGGUUGCAGCUCACAACUCCGCCAAAAGCUGCUAUGUUACCAUGGGGAAUCGGGUCUUCGACGUGACAGGCUUCAUCGACAGCCACCCAGGCGGUGGGGAGCUGGUGCUGGAAUAUGGAGGGAAGGAUAUCACCGAGAUAUUGAAGGACGAGGCUUCGCACACGCACUCGGAAGCCGCAUAUGAAGUGCUCGACGAUUCCCUCGUAGGCUUUAUGGCCACCCGGAAAGUGAUCGAUACAGCCGUGAAAAACACGCACGCGGACCCGAUUGUACCUCUACCACCAACGCAGGAGAGGCUGGACGAGUUGAAGGAGAACGGCGCUACCAGCAAAAUUCCUGUGUACGCAACUACAGGACUGUCGUCUGCCGAGGACCUAUCCAAGGAGACGGAUCUCAUUGACGAUUACAAAACUUACAAGUUCCUCGACCUAAACAAGCCUCUCCUCAUGCAAGUAUGGUUUGGCGGGUUCAGCAAAGAUUUCUAUCUGGAGCAAGUUCACCGACCCCGCCAUUACAAGGGAGGAGAAUCGGCCCCAUUAUUUGGCAACUUCCUCGAGCCUCUCUCUAAGACCCCGUGGUGGGUUAUACCUGUGGUCUGGUUGCCACCUGUGUCGUAUGGAACAUAUAUUGCCAGGGCAGGCUGUUCAAGUUUAGGAGAAGAAGUGGCUUACUGGUUUCUCGGACUUUUCCUUUGGACAUUGGUGGAAUACAUUCUACACAGAUUUUUAUUUCAUCUUGACGGUUUCCUUCCCAACAACCGUGUUGCCAUUACCCUUCACUUCCUUCUUCACGGCAUUCAUCACUACCUGCCAAUGGACAAGUUAAGGCUGGUUAUGCCGCCAACUCUUUUCCUUGCCCUCGCCACCCCGUUCUGGAAACUCGCACACUUUGUUUUCUACUGGAAUUGGUCGGUUGCCACAGCGGUGUUUUGCGGAGGGAUAUUCGGCUACAUUUGCUACGACUUGACGCAUUACUUCCUCCACCACCGAACCUUGCCUUCGUACUGGAGGGAAUUGAAGAAAUAUCAUCUUCAACACCACUUCAUGGAUUACGAGAAUGGUUUUGGUGUAACGUCGAGGUUCUGGGAUGUCAUCUUCGGCACACAGCUUGCGCCACCUCCAACCAAGACCCUGUAGAGCCGGCUCGUACACAAUAACGAGGGGGCCGUUUCAGUAGAUAGGCAAGAUGUGACAAGGUAUAAGGAGAUUCGCAUUUGGUGGCGUUGCUGGAUGGUUUUGGAACUGAUUUGGAAAAUACACGACCCUGUACUUAGUAGGCUGGCCCGUCGAGCGGGGCUAUAAUAGUUAAUCACAUUCAAUUCAAUUCCUUCUAUGUC